GUAGUUUCGCUCUCUAUGAGACUCUUUCGCUGUGGAAUUACCUAUUAAUUCGCAUUUGCCUAUACCUGCAACAGUCGAUUUGUUAAGGGCCUUUGUAAACAAUUUUCUUGACACGGAUAGAUUGAUUGUACAGCCAUGGCAACCAUCGGACAUGGCGUCCUCCGCAAGCAGCAACUUUUCUCUCCUCAACGAUUUCGUGCGGAAAUAGUCAGCUGAGGAGGACACAGGCCUCUGAGUAUUACUAAGCGCCGAGUGAAGGGACGAAUAAACCGCUCUCUCCUCAUUUCACGGCAACCAAAGCAGCUAUAACAGUUGGUCCCUGUACAUCCGUGGUAGUACUGCUGGCUCUCUGUAGUCCACCCGCUCAGUUUCCAUCCAUCCGGCCCAGUGCACCACCGGCAGCACCAGCAUCGUCCACGCACCUGUCCCAAGACAAGCUUAACCCUGGGGCUGCGGGAACCCUCUGAAGGAAUUUCGGGAACCUUAAACAAUAGGGUACGCCUGUACGACCAGGUGACUGUCGUCCUGGUGUGGAUGAGAGAUUCCCUCUCCUGGUGCCACCGUGCUGACAUUCCGAGAUGCCCAGGCAGCGGUAACCUCUACUUACAAACUCGCGCUUUUUCUCCGGGUGGAAUGUACCGGUCGCACAGUGAUUCCCCUUUGCUCAGCAGGUGCUUGGAGAAUAAACCGAUCCUGGUACAUAGGAAUGAUUGAGAGGUCAACCGGAGGAAUCAAGAGACCAGUAAAGAGCUACGCGGUGUCUUGUUAAAAGGGCAUUCUCCGUGUAUACAUUUGCAUUAGCUCUUCACCCCUGCUCAUUUAUUACUUCCACAAUCAACGGCUAUUCGCUCUCCAACAUAUGCAUGAAAUUCAGGAAUCCCGACUAUCACCUUAAGAACACCACAUCAUUGGGAUGUGAAACCUGGUGGCUUGCAUAGAUUUGCAAUGGGAUGAGAAACGUUCUGUAUGGAGGGCGAGAAGGGCCAUAUUAUGUAAUACGUGGUGCGCUCAAGGUAACAUUUGAGUAAAAUGGGAGCUACGUCGAGUUUAUGCUCGGGAAGUAAAUCGGUACAAGUAGUCAAUAGUACGGAGAGACGUCCGGAAAGAUUACCUGGUAAUGACGCAACUGCAGGUGCGACUUCCGGGGCCGAUCUGAGGAAUUUUGGGGAAGGUCACAGGACAGGACCCCCGCUGACGGAGAGUGAGGAAAAGUGGAUCAAGCAAACGAAUAAUAACUCCACAGGGUAUGACGCCAAUUCAGGUAAAGGCCAAAGUGGGUAUACCGAUACCGAGCCGGUGGAUAGGAGGCAUCAGUCGAGUAAUCGGAGAAAAGACGACGGGUGUAAUUUGUCAGUUUACGACAACCUGCCAGGAAGCCUUGGCAAACAUGGUGCUUGGGGGGAAGGACUGGGUACAGAAGGAUCCUCGCUAAGAUACAGCGCUUACAAAUCACGCGAUGGGUCAGAAUAUGUGGACGGAUACCUGAUCAACCAAAACUCCGAUUUGAACUUUAGCGACACCAGCCUUCUGGGUUCGGAGUCCUGCGACUCUUGGCACAUGGGACGAAAGACAUUCAAUGUAGAUCAGCGUUCAAAUAGUUCUAGUCGUACCAGUAUACCAAACCCAAGUCUAGACAGUGGCAAUCGAAGUGAUCAGGCCUCCGCGGAAGCUAAUUCCAAACACACCAGUGCGACUAAUGGGUUUUCAAGAAACCGUAAAUCUGUCAGUAAAGAAUCAUUAACUAAUAAAGAUUAUGAUAAUCUACCGCCUCUUGGACAAUUGCGUCCUAGUCACUCUGACUCAGGGAAUUUGUCUGUGAUUGGGGAAGUAAAGGAGAGCGGCUUACGAAGCUCUCUGGAAAACGGAAGGGACAGUCGCCCAAGCCGUAUAACAUCUGCCAAAUGUGAACGUGUAUCGAACAAAACCAAUGUGGCAAGUCUCCGACAAGCCAAGUCCCUUACCCUGCCGCUGACCACGCGAACCAGGCCCAAAAGUGCCAGGAAGCGCGAUGUAAGUGCCAACAGGGCACAUUUAGAGCAGGGGACGCAAGGGCAAUGUUCGGGGGAAGGGUUGUCGGACUCGGAUGAGGACGAAAUGUUGUCUAUACCAGACGAGACCCGAGGGGCAGGGGAGAACUCCGAUGACCUCUCGGACGGGCUAUCGGGACUAGGGUCUACGCCGGAUCUCACUCUGGAAGCUCUAGAUGCAUUCCCUGAUAGCUUAGCUCCAACACCACAGGUCCCCACGGAACCACGUGUUCCACAACCUCGCCCUCCAUCCUUUGACAUAAAAUCUGUUUUAGACGACAAAGGGAAGUCAUCCAUUGGGAAAAAAGGCAGCGAAAGAUCCAUAUCCAGCAUUGUCAUAACCCCAGCAGGAGAGGGGAGGGAGACAACAACGGAGGCCAAGAUACGGGCAUUGCCACCGAAUACUAGUUUGGAAGAGGUGGGCGCAAUGAUCGCCGGGGACAUCAUCUUUAGGCGGUCCCAGGGUUCCAUGACGCAAAACGAGUACCAGGGCAUUGUGAAGGCCUACCGAAUCAUCCUGGAACAGCUACUGGCGUACAAAGACGCCAAGGACAGCGACCAGUCGCCCAAUGAGGCGGCAACGGAAACACGUACGGGCGAGCAACCAGCCACACCAAAGCCGAAGGAGGGAGAUAGAAGGCCUACAGACAGUCCUCAGAGGGAAGCGGAUUCCAGUUCGGAUCUGGAAGAAAAACUAGAUCAGGUAACUGAAGUUUUCGAGCUGGAGUUCGCACAGAAAUUGGUGGAACGGGGAAAUGGGUUGACGGAGGCGGACAUCACCCAGUACCUAACCGAACAUGCCCAAAAUGUGAAGAGCAUAAAGACCGUUUUGAAGACUCAGAAGGAAACCAAGAAGGAGAACAAAGACGUUGCGAUGAAUUUACCACCGCAACAACAACGACGACUGGCGAUGCUGGAUGAAGUUGCAAGACUGCUUUACCUCUACAGCACUGAUAUUUCCACCAUCAACGCCGAUGACAUAGAUCAACUGUGUGAAGCCAUCCUUGAGUCAAUUUCAAGUUCGCCUGGUGAAGAAGAGUUUGACACGCUGGAAAAGGAAGUCUCAGCCUUUGGCAGGCAAGUCGAUAAUGCUAUGCUGGAGCUAAACGACCGAUUCAUGCAGACCGUCUCAGACAAGCGUGACGCAGCCACAGCUGAGGAGCUCAGCCAGGUCAUAGAACGACAUCUGAUAGAAGAAACGGCCACGGUGAGAAAACACGAAUCGGAGCGGGUAAAGACCAUCAACAAAAACCUGGCAUUGGUGGGAAAGACGAAGGAAGGUUUUCACGUGAAGGUUCCAGAACUUGAUGCUCGUCCCGAUGACAUGAACAAGAAACGCCGUAAACUAGAGCAAGCCCUGAAGCGUAUUUUACUUGGCCGAAAGCCAAUCGGGGAGGAGGAGAUCAGCGACAUACUGGACAAAUAUAGACGGGAACAGAGAACCCUGAUCGAGGAAAGGGACGCCCAGAGGUUGAAGCGACGAGAUGACCUGAAGAAGAAAAUUGUCAUCACAUCAGAAAGAAAACAAAAGCGAGCAAAGAAAGAUAUACUCAAGGAUAUGCAAAAGAGAUACGAAGAAACAAUCAAAGCCACGAAACAGGACAAGGUGAGUGCCGCAAUUCACACAAUGACAGCCCAGAAAAUUGUGGACAACAGCGGUGAGCUAUCCAAAGAUCGACUGGCGGGGAUGAUCAAACAGCACCAGCGUCGGGUGGCCGAGCUGGAAAACAUCCGCAAGAGGGAGAAAGAGAAACCAGUGGAGACCCACAUGGACGUAGUGGCCAGAGAUAAGGCUGAGGACGAGAGGCGCAACAGGGAACGGCGGAUUGCACUAAAUCGAGCCACUGACGUGAAACAGCGAGCAGAGGACGUCUUGGCUAGCUAUCGUGAUGCCACAUUGAUGCAACACUCUAUAAGACCUGUUCAUUUACCCAAAUCACCGAAUUCCAUUGAUCAGUCACGUGAACAGCGUCGAGAAGCACGGCGACAUCACGUAAACGACGAAGCCGUUCCAGACAGCGGGUAUGUCGAUGGUAUGUCCGUAGAGAGCACAAGUGUGACACCCAGCCUGAUGACUGGAACGCCCAUCUCGUCUCCAGGGGGUGAUUACGGUUACAUGAGCAACAGACUCAUGCCAAAGAAACCAGAUGAUACUGAGUCGGUGAGAGCGGAAGACUACGAGACCAUGGAACUCCUUGUGAAUGACGCCAUAGAUCAUUGCGUAGACGACUAUUCCCGUGCAGAGAAUCUGUAUUCCUGGCUCGUCUCACAGGAAAUUCCUGCAACAAAUGGCUUCGCCAAUGACGGGGAAAGCCCCUUGUUUGCUUUGAGUUGCAUAGCCAAAGGUCAAAGGUCCUAUGCGGAUGUCUUUCUCGAAAUGGCAAGGCUCGCUGGCCUUACGUGUGAGAAGAUAGACGGCUACACCAAAACGCCUGAUUUCAGUCCAGGGGAGGACAUAUUCUCAGAUUCAUAUCGUCAUAGCUGGAACGCAGUCUUUAUUGAUAAACCGUUAUUUCUUAUUAGACGCUUCUGAGGGAUCUCGACGGGAAAAGUUCUUCAGAGAACAUUUCUUUUGCACUGGUCCAUCCAUUUUUGCCUUGACUCAUUUUCCCCGACAACCAAAGAUGGCAGUUAAUGGAGAGACUGGUAACGGAGGACGACUUUGCUGGAGCAUUGAAAGUGUGGCCCGCAAUGUUUGUUUACGAUAUCCGUCCAUUGAACAGCAAAUCCCUCAUCAGAACUUAUGACGGAAGAUGUGCAUUACGUUUUCAGUGAAGACCAUUCGGUGCUGUGUCACCUGGAAUAUGCCGGCCCUGGGCAAGAGGUCGACCCACGUGGUCUGCGUACCACGUGGACCAGCAUACGAAUAAUGUGGACAACGAAGAGUCCUUCCACCUAACUUUGCCGCAAGAAGGGGUUUACUUCUUUACCCUGCUGGUUAAUGACCCAGAGGACGAAUUUGACUUGCCCGUGUGUCAGUACCGCAUCGACUACAGAGACGAACUGCUGUGAAACAAAACCACGUACAUACCGUUGUUAAUCAGUCAGCUUAACUGUACUACACUUUUGAACAAUUUGUCCAUAGUAUGUUAUUCGAAUCGCCAAAGGUUUAGCGGUGCCAUUAACUGGAAAGUAGGGUGUGUCAUCUAUGGAUACUUGUAUUAGAUUAUAACGAUUGUCCCUAUAUCUGUUAACAUGCUUCAUGGGACCCUUACAGUAUCCUGCCUUUCUCUGUCCUGUACUAAGGAGCGAUUAACAGUGCCUGACAGUUGUUAUGUUCUUAUUUUCUUUUGCUCAACAUCCGCCCAGUGUUUCAGAGGAAAAUAAUCUUUAUGUCAAGAUCACAUAAACAAAAAACCGUACGACGGUGUUGAAUAUUCAAGCGAAGGGAAUUGCUAGAGUCAGCCAUGUUGGACAUCAAUGUAACGAGGACCAGCAAUAACUUUUACUUAAUGGCUUAUAAAACUUUUGUCACUGGAAUCUAAGAUGUGUGAACGACGGGGGAAUUAUAUUAAAUAAACUGUGUAUUAGAUUCCUAAGUCCUUUAAAUAAAUGCAUUUAAUCAGGGAUAAUUCCUGUAUCCUGUAGCGAAACAAGGUACCUAACUAUAGGACUGACUUUUUUGUCGUCUCAGACGAGUGUAAACUGGAAGAAAAUAAUAUGUAAUUCUUUCAUUCUGUUUUUUGAAGGCUUGACAUAAUGAUCGUUUUGGACUGAAAACAACGGACGAGUACUGAACACAGAAAGUCUGGACUGAUACCGCUAUGUGAUCAGAUAUCUUCUAAUACUUACACAAGAAAAGUUGUCGAAGAUCAUGCAUGGAAAGGACAAACAAUUGAACAAGCACUUGCUUUGACAUGCGAUCUUGUGAUAUCAUGUGACAUAGUUUAAAACACCUUGUGUCUGUGUCCCGAAAAUGUCGAAGACAAUACACAUCUAGAAUCUGACGAUCCACCUAGUCAUAAGUCUUCAUUUUUGUCAGUUCCUACAUGGUGAAUCAUUCGCACUCCAUGCGUCAAAGGCCUGAUUUAGAUUUUGAUUGCAUAACAUUUCAUAACAAACAACACCGAGAAGAAAUCGAUUUUUAUAGCCAAUUAUGUGUUACGACUCCAUUGGAUGAGAUUUUACAGUGUAUGUGUGUUAUCUUGUGCAACUCACCAACACCCAAUUGAAAUGAACUUUAUUGUUGUGGCGCCUUGGCUUUAAGCUUGAAAUGUGAGUGGUAUGACUAGUUCUUAAACGAUGAUAUUGUUGGACAUGUAAUAUAGCUAUUUAUUGCGAUAUUCUAUAGUAACCGUCGAAAGGGCAGACUUUAAAUAUUAACAGGGACUGUUUGUUUCUUUGUGUUAUAUUUUAGGAUCUUGUUAACGAAUACUUUCUUUGUCACGCCAUAACUUAAUUUACAUCGCUUUCUUAUCGGCUUAAGUGGUCCUGUUUAAAUUGUUGACGAACUAAGUACAAAAUUAAUCGACUGCUGAUACAAAUCAAUCUGUUUGAAGAUCAAACAUCGGAUAUACUCGCCAUUUUUUAUUUGUUGUUCACUGUUCACAGACAAAUGGUGGAUCUGUUAUCUCAGAAUUGGUGCUAUUGUUUGUUUUUAUAUGUAUAUUAGUUCUUGCCAUGAUGGCGUGCUGGAAUUCCUGAUGGUGUACAUUUUAGAGGCAAAUAAAACGAUCUCAGAACCACAGUA